UCACCGUACCAAUUUACUCAGUACGUCGCGUGACUCCCCGAAUUCACCAUCCCCAGGUGUAAAGUAUUUCAUUCUAUUAUUUUUUCAUCACCCACUGACGUAAAAAGUUCUCUUCAAUUGAUUAUUAUCCAGCAUUAUGUUAUGGAUAUUGAAAUGUUGGUAUUGAAAAGCCGAAAUGAUUAAUCAAGUGUCUAGUAUCUGAUGCAUUGGGCUCAUCUCAAAUCAUCUCAAAAGUGAAUUAUCCGCGGAUAGGAAUGAACUUGAUCCCCAUGAGGGUACACAAUAUUCGUCCUAUUUUUUUAAUCCGAAGUGAUUUCAAUGAAUUGAACAAUGGAUGCUUAUGAAGGUAGUGCUGCAUCUCCCAUGGAUAGUAAACCAGGACCAUCAAGUCAUUGUGAAGUUAAUCCAUUAGAUGAUGCUGUAGGAAAACUUCUUCAAGGAUACAAUUGGACGCUACUUCCGAUUACUUCUAGAGGUGGAGGACGUAGAAGUACUCAUGUAAAAAGGCCCAUGAAUGCUUUUAUGGUGUGGGCACAGGCGGCGAGACGAAGAUUAGCAGAUCAGUAUCCACAGCUCCAUAAUGCGGAGUUAUCCAAGACUUUGGGAAAACUUUGGAGAAUUUUAACUGAUGGAGAAAAACAACCCUUCAUAGAGGAAGCUGAGAGAUUGAGAAAUGCACAUAAGAAACAACACCCUCAUUACAAGUAUCAACCACGUAGAAGAAAGCCUAAGAUUGAGGAUCAGAUGACGAUACUGGCGCACAGGAGUAGUCUUCAGGCUACAGUGUCCCUAGAUUCUCCUGGUUCUUCUGACUGCAGUUAUAGCAGACUUUAUCCAGAGAUCAGCACCAAAAGCUAUGAGCGUUCUGUCCCCUAUCCAGACCACUCAAAGCCUUACGAACUUCCAAAAUCAUACGUAGAUACAAUAAAAUGUUCUGAUCACCAGAAUCGGACUUACGAAACUCUACCCAAGUAUGAUCUACCACCGAAAAAUUAUUCUGACCCCAAAUGUCACGAGGUUCAGAAUGUCAAGUACUGCGAGACUGGUGCUAGGUAUCCAGAGCUACAGAUGAAGGCAUACGAUACUCUGCCCAAGUAUUCAGAGGCCAAGGGAUAUCAGGAGAGUUUGAAAUAUUCAGAGAUGCCUGCUACCACAAAAUCAUACGCAUGUGUACAUGGCCAAUAUUUUCCCGCUCCAGAGCCCUAUUCAGUUCAUGAAGAUAAUGACUAUCAAAGUCAGAGUGUUACGGCUCAUUCAUUUUAUCCGUACAUCUCCGCUUCAAUGACGCAACCACCUUAUUACAUGGGCCCUCGAUAAUGACGUAUCACAGUAAAUAUUAUAGUGUGCAUUAAUUCAUUAUCUCAUUCUUUCUAAAUAAUACAAAGGUAAAUCAUGGAAUUUCUUCUGAACAAUUGUGUUUGCUAAUUUCCAACGGAAUUAUUCCACACGGAAAUUUUACCGACAACAUUAAAGGAUAUCCCAGUGCAUUCCUCAAGCGAUGAACAUUUUUUUUUUCCAAGGGUCUAUUACUUUGAUUGAUUUCUUCAAUUAAUAAUGAGAGAUAAUUGGAAAUACAAAAUUGAUAACACAGUCCUGAUUUCGCCGUGAAUUUUUUGAAACUCCGGGAUUUGA